ACGCCAAACGGUGGACUCGUCGUCUCUCAUCCGUCGCGCCGAGAUGUUUUAGCAGGGCGCCACUCGGAGGGAAACAAAAGUGUUUGAUGGGGGAAAGGGGAGCUUUGUCGGCGCACGGGAGAGAGCUUUACGCGGAGGAGGGGAGCGCAGUUGCCGCUCCGCCGCCGGGGCGCGCCACGCACACCAGCUCGGCGGGACACGUCCGCUGUUCCUCCGCGUGGGAAAGUCCAACAUUAUGCGUCGUGAUGCGCCAGUCGGUGGUCGGAUCCGGAUUGGCGAGAACUCACAGAUCUUCGAGUGCUGAAUGCCGCUAGCGCGUCAAGUAGCCGUCAAGGAAUCGCCUAUCGUUCAAAAGUCUUUUGCGUCGCUAUGGAGAACCUCAGCGAGCUCCAGAAUCCUUUGCUGGACAAAAAUAGCAAGCAUACCAUCAACGGUUACGGAGGAGAUUUCCCCAAGAACCAGUGCCAGGAGAACAUUAUCAACUACUUUGGCGGUGAAAGCGGCGGCGGGAAGUCGGGUAACGUGGUGAGCGGCGGGGGCGGCUACAAUAGCAACGGCAAGAUGAAGUCGCAGCAGCUGCUGGACGCCACCUCGCUGCAUUUGGCCGUGGAGGCUUUCUACAGGCCCAACUUCAUCUUGUACAAAGAGGACAAUGGCAGCAUCAAGGCUAAGGAAUACAAAAGCGAGUGCUGCGAGACCACCUUCACCGAGAAGAAGGCCAACGAGACCAGCAACUCCGGCGGAGGGGACGCCGCCGGCUCGGAGGAACCUCAGGCCAAGGUGCCGGAGGACGGCGAACACGCCAAAAUCCAGACCGUCUCGUACGAGGUGGAGGAGGAAGAGUACGUCGAGUACGAGACAGACUGCUCUAGCGACAGCGAGAGUGAGGACAAUUUCAUCGUGGUGCCGCCGCGGGACCACCUGGGCUUGGCCAUCUUCUCUAUGCUCUGCUGCUUCUGGCCUCUGGGAAUUGCAGCAUUUUACUUCUCGCAAGGGACCACCAAAGCGGUCCACAAAGGCGACUUCCCGCUGGCCAACAUCGCCUCCCGACGCGCUCUCUUCCUGGCCGCCCUCUCCAUCACCAUCGGCACCGGCGUUUACGUCGGGGUGGUGGUGGCGCUCAUCGCCUACCUUUCCAAACCGGGACACGUGUAGCCAAGGCUCGUAUCUGCCGGGGCGAGGAGAGCUACCCGACCCGGUGGCUGUACAGUUUGACCCCGCCCCUCUCAUUUCUCGAAGAUUCCCUGUCAGCCAGAAUUAGCAAAGGUGCGGCAAACACAAAGAAAAGUUGAAAUGGAUGUUGGCCCAAUUGGCAUCAUAUUGAGGUUAUCCUGAACCACAACUUUGCUCUCCCCCCGGAUCCGAAAAGAACUUUCAACAAAGACCAGGACGAAUGAGAGCAUCAUUUCCAAUGAAUAAAACAUCACGUAGCUUUUAUUUGACUCACGGGAAGAUGUCAAAGCCCCGACAAGACAAUUGUCUCAUGCCAGAUGUUGUUUGCCUCCGAUCCAAAUGUGCUUUUUUGGUUUUUUCCCUUCCUGUGUCUAAAGAUAUUUUGUUAAACGGCCUGUGGCGAUAGCGUAGCGGGGGUUAUGAAGCACCUGGGACAAAUUAAAGUAAAAAAAAAUAAAAAAUAGUAGAGGGCUUACGUUUUCGACUCACCGCGCAUUGGAGAAUGUAAACACGGCAGCCUGAGAGCUAAAAAAUAACCGCGACGGGAACGAUUAAGGUAAAUCCGUGUUAACAGAUUUUCUCGACAUAUUUAAAAGUCACUGCCUUGUACGGAAUUUUUGCUGUUGUCUCCAAAAAGUAUGAGCGAUUAAAAAAAUAAAAAUACCAGAAGCCAAAAAGCAAGUUUGGUCGGUAACAGAAGUUAUAAAUCAGGCAGAAGUGUGUCGACGUUCUGACAGCGUCAGACUGAGUGGGCGAUCAAUUCGGCGUGUUCCGUCAGUAGCAUUCCACCCAUGAUGGAUUUUUUUUCUUUUUCGGGAGGGGUUAAAAAAAAAAAAAAAAAAAAACUUAAAUUAAAAUUGAUCAUGCUGUAAAAGGAGGUCCGGCAACUCCGUUUGAGAUACAAGCAAGAUUCCGUGGCAGCAAAUAGUCGAGAACAAG